AUGGCCGCCGUUAUUAAAGCAAUCAAUGCAAAGAUCCGGUCCAACAAGGUUGCGGACUAUGUCUGCUCAACACAUUUCUGGGGCCCCGUCUCCAACUUCGGUAUCCCUGUAGCGGCCGUGAUGGACACCCAGAAAGACCCGGAAAUGUACGUUUACAUCUGCAAUGGAUUCCUUGUUUCUCGCUGCCAGGUGUCUCUAGCAGCCGGCUCUGCGGUCGCGGAAUUCGAUACUUGGCAAUCCAUCUCCGGUCAAAUGACCGGCGCCCUGGUCAUCUACUCCGCAACCUUCAUGCGCUACGCCCUCGCCGUCUCCCCCAAGAACUACCUCCUCUUCGCCUGCCACGCCAUCAACUUCUCCGCCCAGUGUACCCAGGGAUACCGUUAUCUGAACUAUUGGAACUGGGGAGGCCGUGAAGCUGCGCUUGCUGCGCAAGGUGCGCAGAAGGGCAAGGAGGCUACUGAGGCGGGUAAAUAA